GCAGCCUCCGAGUCAAGCUGAGUGGAGCGGAACGGAGCGGAGUGGAGCCUGGCCUAGCCCAAGCCAACUCGGCACCCAAGCUGUAGCUUGGUUUGGAGCCCAGAGCCAAGCCAAGUCGAGCCUGGCAGGGUCCGGCCUCCCAAAGCGGCAAAGCCUCCUGAACCAUGGGGACAUCAUCUGAGGAGGAGCAGGGGGCCCGAUACCCCCAAGCCUCAGAGGCCCAGUGGCCGGAGGUGGAGAAGGCGGAGCGUCUGGCCCGGGGGGCGGCGCUGAAGUGGGCCUCAGGUGUCUUCUACCAGCCAGAGCAACUAGCGGGACUGGCCCAGUACCGGAGCCGCGAGGCCCAGCGCACCCAGUCCCUGCAGGCCCGCAUCAAGUCUACCGUGCAGUCAUACCUGGAGGGGGUGCAGGGAGGCCUGGGCCACCUGAGGCAGGCCCUAGAGGAGGUCCGGGACAUCCGGGAGGCGCUGGCUGCAGCCCGAGGGGCCUUGGGGAGCGGGGCUGAGGUUUCCCGGGCACUGGAGCCGCUGCGGGACCUGGCGGAGGAGCACAAGCAACUGCAGGUCUCGGUCAUGCUGCUCCCCCAGCUCCUGGCAGUGCCAGCGGCGAUGACGCAGACUCAGGCUCUGAUCCGAGGACGGCGGCUGCUGGAGGCACAUGUGGAGUUGCUGGCGCUUGAGCGGCUGCAGGAAGAGGUGCUCAUCCCUCUGGGGGGUUCCCCCAAUCCCGUGCUGCCCCUGUUCGAGGAUCUGGCUGCCCUGGCCGAGGAGCUGGGCCAGGCGGUUGGGGCUGCGGCUGGGGCAGCCCGGCGCCUGGCCCGGGAAGACCCAGCCCUCCUGGUGGCAGCGGUGCGCGUGGCCGAGAGGGAGGAGCGGCGCGACGCCCAGCUGCAGCCCCCGCCUCCCGGGCGCCCCCGCGCCUGGCGCCAGCGCUGCUUGCAAGCUCUGCGGCAGGCGCUGGAGGAGGCCCACUUUGGGGCACCGCCCCCAGAACCCUCAGAGUUGCCUACCCACCUAGCCGGCCUGCAGGCAGCCCUCCCGGCCGAACUGGCUGCAGCGGAGGCGUUGCUUGCGCCCUGUGUGCCCGGCCACUACGGCGUCGUGGGGCUCUGUGCCCGCACUCUACACUACGGGCUCACCCAACACCUGCACCGCCUUCUUGAUCGCGGAGGGCUGGGCGCCCGUGGCACCUUCACCCUGCUGCACUGGGUCCUGAAAGUAUAUCCCGGCCCAGACAUGAUGGGUCACCCUGACCUCAGCCCUGAAGCUGGGGUCUCUGGCUUGGAGCCACUGCUCGCCCCCGAGGUCAUAGAGCAGCUGGAGAGGACAUACGUGGAGGAAGUCCAGGCCAGCGUGGCUGAGUGGCUGCAGAAGGCGCUGAAGGAGGAGGUGGCUGAGUGGUUCCGCCAGCAGGAGCCGGAGACAGACCCCGAGGGCUUUUACCUCUCCUCCCUGUCCAGCAUCGUGCUUCAGAUUCUGGAUGAAAAUAUCCGGGUGACUGCACUGGUGAGCCCCUCCCUGCAACUCCGAAUGCGUCAAAUGGCCCUGGAGGAGCUGAGGACUUUACUCCACAGCCUGGACAAGGCUCUGGGCCAGUUUGCCCAGGAGCAUCGCAAGGACAAGGCUCGGCCCUGCCAUUACGUGCCAUACUUACUGUCUGCUCUCAACAGCCACAAUGUCCUUAGUUCCUUCAUCUCUCUGCUGCAACCCGAGGAGGCAUCCUCUCCAGCCCCCAGCCUGAUUGCCACCGCUCUGACCAUGCUCCAGAGGAAGAUUUGUCGCCUGCUCCUGGAACAGCUACUGGAAGAGCUGCAGCCCCCAUUCACAGUACUGCUGUCUCACCAGUGGCUGACAGGUGCAGAGCCAGGGGCUGGGCUAUGCGAGCUGUUGGUCAAAUUCUGCAGUGGCUUCUCCCGCCUCAGGAGCCCCAUGGUCCAGCUACUGCUGGCAGAGUGCGAGCAGGCCGUGGUGCUGGAGUACCUGCAGGCCCUCAUGCAGGGACGGCUGAUGUGUCGUAGUGAAACCGAGCGGACCCAGGUGGCCGAGCGCCUGCUGCAAGAUGCAUCCCAGCUCCGAGAGCUCUUCCUUGACCUGGGCCUGGAGGAGGCCGAGCAGAGAGGGGCUGUGCUGAUCGCCCUGCAGGAGCUGCUGCGCCUCCGGGACCCGGCGCUGCUCAGUCUCGAAGUGUCCGGUUUCCAGCACAAGUUCCCGGACGUCAGCGAGGAGCACAUCUCGGUCCUGCUGACUCUCCGCGGGGACGUGUCACGGGAGCAACGGUCGGCCGUCCUGGAGACCAUGCAGGCCAACCCCCCGCCCGACGGCCACCGGCUGCUGUUCAGCCUCGUGCCCGUGUCCGCGCCCGCCCCCGCGCUCUCCUUCUGCCUCCCCACGGGACCUUGCGCCUGACCCGAACCCCUCUCCUCCGCCCGCCCCCGAUCGCGCGGGGCCCCCGAAAAUAAAGUCUUCGCAAGGCGCC